UGCCUGCUGGCGGGGUGGGCAGCCAGCAGCGUGUGACCCUGUUCCCCAGCCAGGAACGGAGCCGCACUACUCUGUCCCCCGGGACAAAUGCCAGCCGCCAGGCUAGUCUCUGGAGGCCCAGGAGCAGCUGGCGAGGCACCAGCACUGACUGCUCCUGUUCUAGCAGCAGGCGGUCUGGGACUUGUGUUGUCACAGAAGUGACUCCAGGCUGCCGGGACAGAAGUGUUCCAGCUGCAGAACAUGGCGUGCAACAAGGAUGGGAAUGUUCUGCAUUGACCAGGGAGCAUUCUGCUGCUAGUGUGGACUUUCCUCCUCUUCCCUAAAGGAUGCCAGUUGCCUGUCCAAAAGCUACUGCUCACGCAGCCUCCUAAAGUGCAAUGGCGAGUGGUCUGCAGGGCUUCUUGUGGACCAUGCUGCUGCUGUUCUGCGCCAUCCAGGAGCUGGGAGCCUGGGCCAUGCACACUUCUGUUGAGGGCCCUGGCCUUGGGCAGCAGGAAGACCCUGCGCUGCUGGCCAGCGGGCGAGUGAAGCGUGGCUGGGUCUGGAAUCAGUUCUUUGUGGUGGAGGAGUACACGGGCACGGAGCCGCUCUAUGUGGGGAAGAUCCACUCAGACUCGGAUGAGGGGGACGGCUCUAUCAAGUACACGAUCUCCGGGGAGGGCGCAGGGACUAUCUUCCUCAUCGAUGAGAUCACAGGUGACAUCCAUGCCACUGAGCGCCUGGACCGGGAGCAGAAAACCUUCUACACGCUGCGGGCUCAGGCCCGCGACCGGCAGACGAACCAGCUACUGGAGCCUGAGUCAGAGUUCAUCAUCAAGGUGCAGGACAUCAACGACAGUGAGCCACGCUUCCUGGAGGGGCCCUACAUCGGCAGCGUGGCUGAGCUGUCCCCCGUUGGUACCUCCGUGAUGCAGGUGAUGGCAUCUGAUGCUGAUGACCCCACAUACGGGAGCAGUGCCCGGGUAGUCUACAGUGUGUUGGAGGGUGAGCAGCACUUUACUGUGGACAGUAAAACAGGUGUGAUCCGCACAGCCGUGGCUGACCUGGACCGUGAGACGCAGGACCGGUACGAGGUGGUGAUCCGUGCAACGGACAUGGCGGGACAGCUGGGUGGCCUGUCUGGAUCCACCACAGUCACCAUCGUAGUCACCGAUGUUAAUGACAACCCACCACGCUUCCCGCAGAAGAUGUAUCAGUUCAGUGUUGUUGAAACUGCCCCUGUUGGCACAGCUAUUGGGAGGGUGAAGGCAGAGGACUCAGACAUCGGGGAGAACACGGAUAUGACUUACCAGGUGAAGGAUGAGGAAGGAGUGGAGAUGUUCAAAGUUACCACAGACAGCAGUACCCAGGAGGCUGUCAUCACAGUGCAGAAGCCCCUCGACUACGAGUUGAAAAAGGUGCACACCGUUGUGCUGGAGGCCCUCAACAAGUUCGUGGACCCGCGCUUCUUGGACCUGGGCACUUUUCGGGACCAGACCAUCGUGCGGGUCUCAGUGCUGGACGUUGACGAGCCCCCCGAGUUCCGGCCCCCCUCCGACCUGAUGGAGGUCCAGGAGGAUGCACACAUCGGCUCUGUCGUGGGGGUGGUCACUGCCCUGGACCCGGACACCGCAAACCGUCCUGUCCGGUACGCCAUCGACCGCAGCACAGAUGCAGAGAGGAUCUUUGACAUCGAUGCCAACACAGGUGCCAUUGUGACAGGAAAGGUCCUGGACCGGGAGACAGCAGGGUGGCACAACAUCACUGUCCUGGCGAUGGAAGCAGAUAAUCACUCACAGGUGUCGAGAGCCUCCCUCCGUAUUCGUAUCCUGGACGUGAACGACAAUCCGCCUGAGCUUGCCACCCCAUAUGAAGCUGCUGUGUGUGAGGAUGCCAAGCCAGGCCAGCUGAUCCAGACAAUAAGUGUUGUGGACCGUGAUGAGCCUCAGAGCGGCCAUCGCUUCUAUUUCACACUAGCACCUGAAGCCACCGACAAUCACCACUUUUCUCUGCUCGAUAUCAAGGACAACACGGCUGCGGUGCAUACGCAGAGAGUGGGCUUCAAUCGCCAGGAGCAGGAUGUGUACUUGCUCCCCAUUUUGGUGGUGGACAGUGGCCCCCCCGCCCUCAGCAGCACAGGGACUCUGACCAUCCGCAUCUGUGGCUGUGACAGCAGCGGGGCCAUCCAGUCCUGCAACAGCACAGCCUACGUUGUGUCAGCUACGCUGAGCCCCGGGGCCCUCAUCGCACUGCUGGUGUGCAUCCUCAUCCUGGUUGUGCUGAUCCUUCUGAUCCUCACACUGAAGCGACACCACAAAAGCCACCUGACAUCUGAGGAUGAUGAGGACAUGCGGGACAAUGUCAUCAAAUACAACGAUGAAGGGGGUGGUGAGCAGGACACAGAAGCCUAUGACAUGUCAGCCCUGCGCAGCCUCUACGACUUCAGUGAGAUCAAAGGUGGUGACGGAGGGGGGAUAGCAGGAGAGGGGGGCCUGAGUGGAAACCCGGCCUCCGAGCUCCAUUCCCUCCCACAGUGGGUGCAGAGCCCGGAUCUGGACUUCUCGGUGUUCAGAGACUAUAUCUGCAGGAAGGUGGAGCAGGCGGACGAGGACCAAUCUGUGCCGCCCUACGACUCAUUCCAGACCUACGCCUUCGAGGGCUCAGACUCCCCCGUGCCCUCACUGAGCUCCAUCAACACAUGCUCCAGCAGCUCGGAGCAGGACUUCUCCUACCUGGGGGGCUGGGGGCCACGUUUCCGGCAGCUGGCAGCUCUGUACGCGGGGCGCAGGGGCGAGGAGGACACCGACGCCUCGUAGCCACCCCACCACCCCCUGUGAGGUGCCGGCAGCUCCUGGACCAGGCUCCAUGCCAGGAGGGCUCAGCGUGUGCCUCCGGACCCGUGGUGCCAAGGGGAUGCAGGGAUGGUUGAUGGGCUCCUCAACACCUGCCUCCUGUGCAUGACACCUCCACACAAGAGGCUGGCGUUCCCAAAGGAGCCACUGUGGCAACAGCAUCUCCUUAAUACUGGUCUCCGUUAAAGCACUCCGCAUUAGUUUCAGAAAGAGAAAAUCUAAUUCAGGAGAGUUUGCAGAGGGUUUCUGCCCCACAAAUUAUCAUUUAAAUUGAUCUGUUCAGUGAGCCCUUUCCAGGAGAGGAAGAGCAAACUGGGAGCCUUUUGUUGUCUAAAUUGUUUUUGUCAUUUGAGUCAGAGCAUUUGAAGUGCUUUGAUUUCUCGAAGAGCUUUCCUUGCAGAGGGAAAGAAGCUUUUAGCUUCUCUUCAGCUUUUCCCCACAAGUUCCCUCACUCUUUGGAGUCCUGCUCUCUGUGCAUGGGCUCCUCGGCAGCACCUGCCUGCUGGCAGAGGGUGGAGGCAGCGUGUGCUGGGGGUGCGUGUCCUGGAUCUGGGCUCCAAGGUUAUGUUCUGCACUAGAGCUCACUUCGAAACACACUUCACUUCUAAAUGCGAUUGCAUCACCUCUCAGUUCUUAGACCUUUCUUGUGGUUAUGAGACACUCGUGAUUUGAAGGGGCUCUCUCCCUCCCUCCCUGCACAGCAGACAUUGUCUGCAAGGUCCUGAUGUGCUCCAUGGCACUGGUGAUGGACAGGGACAUCCCCAUCACCACCAACGCAUAGGGGGUGCAGAGCAGCACUUACCCGAUGGGCUCUGCAGCCCCUCAGCAGGCUGGGCCUGGUUCUGCAGGGCUCUCAGCUAGGCAUCAGCUUCCUACCAAACUCCACGGGCUGCACAGGGCAGGGGCAGGACAUAGGGGCACCCUGGCCUCCAGUGGUAGGGGAGCUGUGUCCUGGCUUGAGAACCAUGCUGUAGGGUGUGAGAGAACCCCAGCUCCUGGUUUGGAGCAAUAAUUCCUGUUUACACCCAGCUGACAGCAAAGCAUCACCACUGGUGACAGAAAAGCCAUCCCCAGGACAUGUGCACAAGGCCAGAUCCUGCUGGUGCUGCUGCAUGGCCGAGCUGGUUGCUGCAGGCUGGGCAGUGGGGCUGUGACACCACAGAGUGCCCGGUGUGUCCCCAGCCUGCCACACUGCCCUGCAGAAGCUGGUACAAGCCCCACGGCGGGGGCUGCCUUCACAAGCAGUUUAUUUCAGGAGGCAGGUCAGGAGGAGGCCGGCGGGGAUGUGCCAUUGCUCCUCCGGCUCCACAUGAUGCUGGAGGAGAGCACUCCCUGCCCUGCGCCUGUCCAGCCUGCAGACUCCCACCACGGCAAAGGGAGCAGCGCAUUGAGCAGCACCCUGGGGCAGCUCUCGGCCGUGCUGGAGAGUGCAGCUCCUUAUCUGUUCACACUGGGGAAAGAAAUCAAUUACAUCAUUGAUAGGUAACUGAUAAGGUCUCCCAGGCCUGACACCUCCUGCUCUUGUCAUUGGGUUUGUCCUUUUAGUUUAGCCACAGAGAGUGUUUUCCCCUCCUUGGAGAAGGUUUAACUGUAAAUGUGCAGCAUGUUCAUUUUGUUCAUUUUUUACUGUGUUUUGUUUCCUGGCUGCUGGUGUUGGUCCCUUGGCUGCAGCGCGAGACCCGAGACCCGACAGCAGAGAGGGGCAGGACGCAUCUUUGCCAUGGCUCCUGCCUGCUGCCCCCAUGUCUGCCCACACCGGAGCUGCAGCUUGGCUUUCAUGCUGGGACCAGGAGCUGCUGCUUCUCAGGAUCUCUCCGCUCCCCCCCAAAGGCAGCAGCAGGUGCCUGCUGCUGGCACCCAUGCCCUGGGUGCUGCUGGUUCACUGUGAUGAUGCUGAGGAGGCAGCAGGGCCGAGAGGCUGCUUCACACUGGCUCUGGCUGCACUGCCCCGGAGCAGGAGACUGGAGAAAGCCCUCUCUUUCCUCAGGAAUGUGUUUGUUUUCCCUCCAGGCUGAAGAGCUGUGCCCGAGCCCCUCCAGAGCUGGCCCUUCCUCUAGCAAAAGUGUUGUGCAAUAGCAAGACUCUGUCCGUAGGAGAUGGGGUCUGACAGGGUACGUGUUUUAGCAACCCUCCCAGCAGGUUACUCCCCAUCCCAACCAGGCAGUCCAUGCACGUGCACCUGCAGUUUCAUUUCUGUUCCCAUAUGAAUCGGAGGAGUGCGGUGCCCUGCGCUCCCUGCGCCCCGCAUGCAGCACGGGGAGCUGGUGGCUGUCAGGGCAGCUGAUGAAAUCACUUCGGAUUUCUUUCUCUACCCAGAUCAAAUUAGAAGGUUCAUUUCCUCACCCUUGUUAUUUUUUUCAAGGUCUUUGUGGGACCUGGAAAUAAAUUAUUCCUUGUCGUCUA